AUGGGCAUUAUAUGCUCGUGGGCUUCUGCUCCAAUACUCCUAACACACCCGCCGCCUCCCCCGGUGACGCCGCGCCGGACGACGCUGCACGAGCAACCGGACGCCGGUGCCAGUGAGUCAGUGACCGCCCCUGCCCCCCCCCCACCCUGCAUCGCGUCGCCUCUGACGCCGCUCUUCUCGCAGCAGCAGAUCGAGCGGCGGAGCACCCUUCUCCUCUCCACCGAGCACGAGCAGACCACCCCUCUCCUCCGCCGACGCCGCUCUUCUCGCAGCAGCAGCAGCAGAUCGGGCUUUUUGCUUCUCCGUCUGCCACCUACCGCACCCGUCUCUCUCUCUCCGUCCGUUAGGCCUAGCAGCUGUCGCCGGUCGAGCUCUGAAUCGCAGACCCUAGGAGCCGCCGCUGUCGCCGCCGCCUUCUACAAUAGCCACCACCAAGAUCUGAAUCAGCUCUUUUUACCAUUUUCCAAUGGAACUCUUUGGAGAGAUAGUGCCAUACAGGAAACAUAUGUCCGUGGUAAUGAACUUCAACUUCCAGAUUGUGCUCAUUUUUUUAUGGAAAACUUGCAAAGACUGUCUGAUAUAGACUAUGUUCCUACUAAGGAAGAUGUUCUUUAUGCCAGGGUUCGGACAACCGGUGUUGUAGAAAUCCAGUUCAGCCCAGUUGGAGAAAACAAGAAAAGUGGGGAAGUAUAUCGUCUCUUUGAUGUGGGAGGCCAGAAAAAUGAACGAAGAAAAUGGAUUCAUUUAUUUGAGGGCGUUUCAGCUGUGAUAUUCUGUGCUGCUAUAAGCGAGUACGAUCAAACUCUCUUUGACUUUUUACCACCAAAAUGGUAAAAAGAGCUGAUUCAGAUCUAGUAACAAGGAUAAAAAUACACAAUCAUGAAAA